UCUCUAAUUAAUGCAUGUUGGUGCUAAGUCUUCGAUCUUCACCUCAUUUUUGCGGGGAAGCUAGCUAGGUUGAUUAAACAAGUACAUGUUAACAGCGUGCGUCAGACGGAUCAGACCGGCAAUGCUAAUGAAAUCUCCAGUGUCAUAGUGUGUGUUUCAUCUAAUGGAAGGUCAACUCUGAACGUGCAUGCAUGCAGGGUCAAAUAUUGAUCCAGACUCUACAGCCAGCUAAGUGUGGCCGGCGGUGCCGCGUGAAGUGAAUGGUAAGCAGAAUUGCCAGAUCAUGACGACCAUUGGAGGAUGCAUAGAUAGAUUACUAGCUAAUAAUCAACCUUUGCUGCUAAAUACAGACAAACAAGGCAGAAAGCCUUUACACACACUGCACGCAGUACCAGUAAGUACAUGGCUCUACACCUAUUCUACGCUAGAUGAAUGUGAUCCAGCAAGCAACAUGACAGAGCUCAUUAAUUAGCGCAAAACCAUCACUAAACUAGUUUAUCAUCCUUGUUUGUUUGUCCUGAUUAACGAGGGUGUGCAUGGACUUAGCAGCCAACCUCCCUCAUUGACACCUAGCUUAGCCUCCAUCUUCCUUCCUGGCUGGAUGCUUCUUCUAUAAAAAGGCCAAGCUCUGCACCCAUCACCCUCCCCCUUUGCAACCAUCUCCUUCCAUUGCUCUAUCUUCUCUUCUCUCCUCUAAAGCCCCGUAGCAAAUAGGAAAGCAAGCACUGCCAUGGCCGGGGCUCAGACCGGGAGCAGCGCCACACCGUGCGCGUCAUGCAAGCUCCUGCGGCGGCGGUGUGCCAGGGACUGCGUGUUCGCGCCUUACUUCCCGCCAGAGGACCCGCACCGGUUCGCCACCGUGCACCGGGUCUUCGGCGCCAGCAACGUGAGCAAGAUGCUACAGGAGCUCCCUGCGGCGCAGCGGGCCGAUGCCGUGAGCAGCCUGGUGUACGAGGCCACCGCGCGGAUGCGGGACCCCGUCUACGGAUGUGCCGGCGCCAUCUCCUACCUCCAGCAGCAGGUCUCCCAGCUCCAGGUGCAGCUCGCCGUCGCGCAGGCCGAGAUCCUCCAGCGCAUCAACCACCCGUCCCCGGCGUCUGCAUUUCAUCUGCAAGAGCUUCAGCAGCGGCAGGUGCAGCAGCAGCAGCAAAUGCAGAUGGAUGAUGAUGACAAGGCGUAUAGCAGCCUCGUCAUGCAGAAUGAUCUGAUGAGCACGCUGCUGCUGCAGGAGGCGUGCCUUAAGAAAGAGUCCCUAUGGACAUGAUCAUUAUGUGCCAUAACUGUCUAGUGUUUUUCUACUUUGAUGAUUCAUAAACAGUGUCUCUGCUUCUGUAAUUUUCUGAAAAUUGGGAAAUUGAGAAGAAAGUUGAUUGCUUGUGACACAUGUUGUUUCGGAUAA